ACAGAGCUUUAAUAUUGUUGUCGUUAUGCUUCCUCAUGCUGUAAAACUGUAACAACACUAUAUACAAAGUGUGAAUCAUGACACAACAAAGCGCAUCAAAAGCGAAAUGAGGAUGGUGGAGACAGAUCGAACAGCAGCACGUGACCUGCCCGCAGCUCCUCCACACACUCACUUUCACUUCUGUCGCGUCUCGUGUCUGACUGGGAGGCCGAGAAGUCCGACAGCACGCAAAGGCAGCACGCUUCCUGUCUGCGCAAUAACCAGACGAGCCGCCGGAUCAGGCUGCGCAGUCCGGCGCGCCCGCACAUGUAGCACAGGUUUGGGACGUCGAGUCAUUUGGACCUGUUCUCUUCUCCCGCCCCCUCGAACAUGAACGCGACUGCGCGAAGUGGGGCCGCCGGAGGACACCAGUAGACCCGCGAGACGCGCCGCACCCCUCCUCCGGUAUCGCGUAACUUCGUCUCAAUGGCGGACCCAGCGGAACCAGCACCGGGACGCGCGGCGGACGGAAAGACGGGCGAGAUCAACGAGGCGGACAUGGCGCUGAAAGGAAUCAAUAUGCUCCUCAACAACGGCUUCAAAGAGAGCGACGAGCUCUUCACGCUGCACAGGAACAGCAGUCCUCUGAUGAGUUUCGGGGCCAGUUUUGUAAGUUUUCUGACUGCUAUGAUGACGUUUGAGGAGGAGAAAAUGCAGAUGGCCUACGACGACCUCAAAGCCACAGAGAGACUGUGCGAGAGGGAAAACAUUGGUGUCAUUGAGACCCUUAAAAACAAGAUGAAGAGGAGUACGGACCCUCAGAGGUGUGGGGUGGCUGCAGUGGACCGACUCCAGAGGCAGAUCAUCAUCGCAGACUGCCAGGUCUACCUCGCGCUGUUGUCUUUCAUCAAACAAGAGCUGUCAUCAUACAUCAAAGGAGGCUGGGUCCUCCGUAAAGCCUGGAAGAUGUACAACAAAUGCUACAGCGACAUCACACACCUGCAGGAGGGCAAAAGACGGCGAGCCUCCGAACAGCAAGCCGCGGCGCCCCCGCCGCUGUCCUCUCUCCCCGGGCCGAGCCCGCCCCCGAGGCCGGACGGCGUCAGCCCCGAGGCUCUGGAUCGGCUCAAAGGGGCCGUCAGCUUCGGCUACGGCCUCUUCCACCUCUGCAUCUCGAUGGUGCCGCCGCACCUCCUCAAGAUCGUCAACCUGCUGGGCUUCCCCGGCGACCGCCUCCAAGGCCUGUCGGCGCUCGAGUGCGCCAGUGAAAGUAAGGACAUGAAGGCCCCCUUAGCUACCCUUGCCCUCUUGUGGUAUCACACAGUAGUGCAGCCCUUCUUUGCCCUGGAUGGCACAGACACGCAGACGGGCCUGAUGGAAGCCAAAUCCAUUCUUCAGCGACGGGAGGCGAUCUAUCCAAACUCCUCCCUUUUCAUGUUCUUCAAAGGCAGAGUCCAACGCCUCGAGUGCCACAUCGGUAGUGCCUUGACGUCCUUCCGUGCUGCCUUAGACCUCGCCUCUGGCCAGAGGGAGAUUCAGCACGUGUGUUUAUAUGAAAUAGGUUGGUGCAGCAUGAUCGAACUGAACUGCGGAGAAGCCUACAGGGCCUUUGACCGUCUGAAGACGGAGUCCCGCUGGUCCCAGUGCUAUUACGCUUAUUUAACUGGAGUGUGCCACGGAGCCACGGGUGACCUUGAAGGAGCUGUCGCUGUUUUCGGGGAAGUCGAAAGACUUUACAAACGCAGGAACAAUCAGAUCGAGUUGUUCUCCAUGAAGAGGGCUGAGAAGCUAAAGACCUCCAGUCUAUCCAAAGAGCUCUGCAUCCUCUCUGUGAUCGAGAUCCUUUACCUGUGGAAAGCUCUGCCCAACUGCUCCGCUGCUAAGCUCAAGACGAUGACACAAGUCCUGCAAGGGAUCGACGAUGCCUCGUGUGCAGGCCUGAAAAACCUGCUUCUUGGUGCCAUAAACGGAUGUCUGAAUGAUACCAACAAUGCCGUUCAGUUUUUCCAUCUGGCAGCGCGAGACGAGGUUGGUCACCUGAGCAACUCCUACGUGCAGCCGUACUCCUGCUAUGAGCUGGGUUGCGUCCUGCUCACCAGUCCAGAGUCUGCAGAGAGGGGCAGAAUGCUGCUGAUUCAGGCUAAGGAGGACUAUGGCGGCUAUGACUUUGAGAACAGGCUCCAUGUUCGUAUCCAUUCAGCUCUCGCCUCAAUAAGGGCCGCUGCAGUCCAGACUUGACGUUUCGUCUGCACCAACCAGAGAGGACGGGAAGGAAUGUCUAUUCAAAGGACAAUAGGCCAUCCAGGUCACCAGUGAAACACUGUUUUGUUUGUAUUGGAUUUGGAGUCAAUACAUAUAUGGGAGAGCAGUUAUUCAUUUGAAAUGAAUACUUUGGGUAUUUAUUGCUCAUAUGGUCAUUUCCAGACUAAAAUCAGACCAAAUGAGCUGUGAAUUAAAUUAAAGUAAAAGCACACAUCCUGUGUUAAAUGAAUGACUCAGCCGGCUUACUGUUGGCUACCAACUUCGAUGUAAAAGCUUUGCUAGUCCAUAGGCAUGAGGGCUUUUUAAAAGGUUUUUGUAGUGUAGCCCAUAUUUUUAAGCAGAAUUGUUUUCAGUGUAAAUGUGUUUGUUUUAAUCAUUGUGAGCAGCCUGCUCAUGUUUGUUUUUAAGAAAAUAAAAAUAUAGUAAAACAUCUA